UUUGAAAAGGAGGCGUCUGUUGUUGUGGUCCGCUUAGUGAAGAAGAAAAUACAAAUUAUGGCCGAGGUGAAGCCAGGCGGCCAGCCAGCAGCAGAGCUGUCGGAGGCUGCGCAGUCUGAGCUGCUGGACCUGUGUGAGGAUCAGUUUGCUCAGCUGGAAAAGCUUCAGAAUGAGAUCAUACUGUGUGAACCAGAUUUAUGUGAGAAUCCACAGGAGCAGUCAGUAAAUCGACUGAUGGCAACAGACGCUGAACUGAAGCAGUGGCUGACAGUGGAGCCGAAAUUGCUGGCAGCAAAUUCUGAAGUUUUACUUCAAGCUGGAAAAGAGGAGAUGCUCAAGCUGUGCUCUGAACUUGAGAUGGUUCUUUCUUGCUAUGAAGCAAAGAGAGACAAACUGAGAGAAACUAAAGAACUUGAACAGAAGUGGCUGGAGGAGAAGAAACAGGUGCUGAUAGCUGCCACUGAUCACGCUGAAAGACUUCAAAUGGAAAAGGAGAAAUUAUCAGAACACAGUGUACUGCAGGACACUAAGGCCAAAAUCCGGAAAAUGAAGGUCUACCAGGAGAAUUUGAUGGAGUCUCUGGGGGACGUCCUGGAGAAGCAUGUUCCUCUCCCUCAGAAUGAAUCCAGUACAAACAGGAAGAAGAAGAACAUUGAACUAGGGUUAAAUGAAGACUUGAUUUCUCUCAAUGAAAUUCUGGAGGUGCUCAUGAACAAGGUCCUAAACACACCACACGACCCCUAUGUGAUGAUUGAUGACACAUUCUGGCCACCGUACAUAGAGAUGCUUCUCCGCUACGGGAUUGCAGUGAGGCACCAAGAGAAUAACUUCAAGAUCCGCCUGGAAACCUUUUUUUAAGGCACUGGUGCGUUUGCCAUCUCAAGCACCACUUAUCUACCAGUGUUUCUAAUUCGAGUCUCCUUGUACAGUGCUAUCAUUAUGUAUAUUUGUGUGAGCUGAUAUGAAGACUGUGCUGGGAAAUCAACGAGGCUAGUGAUUUACCGAAUGUACAGUAUAUGUCUAUGGUGGAGUCCAUUACAAAAUGAGUUUUUUAUAUGUUGUCCAUUUAGGCUUCACACAAGUAUUUUUUAGGUUAAGUACAGAGUAAACCAUGAGUCAUUAUAAAAGCUCUAACAUCAUCUGAAUUUAAGUUAUGAAAAUAUUCAAAUGCAUUAGAAAUACAUUUUGACACUUGAUCCUUUUAUCAUUUAAGAUUAUUUUGUACUUCAUGUAAACUCAAGAUUAAUACUCAGUCCGACUGAAAGUCUUCUCUUGACUACAUAUUUCUUUGAUCCUAUUUUCAUAGCUGUUUUCAUUUGCCAAGUAUAAUCAGCAGUGAGUAAUGCACACUCAGUUGUCCAUUUUAGGAACUCUUAGCUAAAACUAAUGCAGGGUAAUGCAUCAGUCCUUCAUGAAUGUUAUAAUAUUCAAUUUUUAUUGAAACUGUUGAAGUGGUGUUGAUUCACUUGUAUGAUCAUUGUGGAGGCUGCAGUUUGUGGUGCUGUCGAACUGUAUUGCAUCAUACAGAGAGGUGUCUCUGUUGUUUAGCCUGCCCUCAUUGAUAUAAAUGGGACGGACAAAAUAAUAGAAAUACCUGUCAACAUAACACAAUAUAAUUCAA